AUGGAUCUGAACCGGGCAGCCCUGCAUGAAUUCAUCAUGCAGCCGGUGUCGCGGGGGAUGGUUGCGCACUUGGCCGAACAGGCCUCACAGGUCAUCCGCUGCGAAGCGCAUGUGACGGCACAACAAGCCCACGGACAGCCGACACCUCCCAGCACACCUCCCAUGGAUGCGACUCUACCACCACUCCCCUCGGUAGAGACGUUCAUUGCUUCCCUGGUUGCUCGAUCACAGGUUCAGGUGCCCACCUUGAUGACCUCGCUAGUCUACCUAGCGCGACUGCGUUCCCGCUUGCCCCCAGUGGCCAAGGGCAUGCGCUGUACCGUCCAUCGCAUCUUCCUCGCUUCGCUCAUCCUUGCAGCCAAGAACCUGAACGACUCGAGCCCCAAGAACAAGCACUGGGCUCGGUACACGGCCGUCAAGGGCUAUGACGGAUUCGCGUUCCCCCUGCCCGAGGUCAACCUCAUGGAGCGCCAGCUGCUGUUCUUGCUUGACUGGGACACUCGCGUCACGGAAGCCGACCUGCUGCAGCACCUAGAGCCAUUCCUGGCCCCAAUCCGCAGUCGCUACCAGCAACAGCAGCAGCAACAGCAACAGCGCGAAGUUGAGCGUCGCCAAUCCCGAGAUUGGCGUCGCUUCCACUCCUCCACGGAUCUCCUGACUUCCCGCCUGCGCCGUCAGAAAUUGGAUGCCCGUCGACAAGUGGUGGAUGCCGCCUAUCAGCAACCCGAACGACGGAUGAUGGCAGCCAGCCCGGCCUCAUCUGUGUCUUUGUCAUCCAUGUCUUCUGCGUCGUCCGUCUCAAGCUCAAGCUCAAGCUCACAUAGCGCCUCUCCCGCCCCCUCGCUAAUUGAUGCUGCGGCCGAUCGUUAUCACCCAUACCCGACUGGCCGCCGGCGUCCUACAUCCCGCGGUCGGAUGUCGGGCUCUCCUCCGGGCGCGCAGGAUGUGCCCGGACUGUCACGAGCCGAUACUGCAACUUCCUUGAGCUCGCGGGCGUCCAGCCUGUCCUCCAGCUCGCGCGCUGUCACUCCGGCGAGUCUCCGGAACUCCAGCUCGAUCACCAGCUUUGAAGAGCCCGUGCCCGUGCGCGUGGUGGAUGGUGGCCACAGCCCCUCCUCAUUUGUUGGUGGUGGGUUGCCACUGGAGGAGUGUCUGCCGCCCGCUCAGCCCAGCAAGAAGAUGCGUCUCGGCUAUUCUGGACACGCAGCUCAUCCCCACGGCCCCGCCCACCUGGUCGCCGCUGGCGGUCAUGGGUUCGUGGCCCGCUUUCUCGCCACGGCCGCGGGGUCGUACAUGGGCGGUCGCCGACACUAA